AUGGGUGUCGCAGCGAUAAAAGCUGGCGGUGAAGCCGGACUCCUGCCCCGAGCUGGCUGCUGUGGUGCGCGCACUACAAGUACCUUAUGCCAAAAUGAAUUCCUAAACAUGCUACUGGCGAAGCUGGAAGAGCAGGAUCAGGAGUACGACUCCGCCUACUUGUACCAGCAGCAGGUCAAGUCCGGUCAUGGCGUCCAAGGUCACAAGUACACCAUCAUGUACCAACGGACGGAGCGAGAAUCGGAGGUGCCUCCGCACGAGUCGGGAGUGCGGGUGGUGGUGUCGCAGAAGGUGCGGCGCCUGCUUCGUCUCGACUGGGGUCCCGAUGGCCUUGCCUAUGAGGAGUUGGAGGCCCGGCUGUCCGAAGCCCUGUUGAUCCAGUCGAAG